AUGUCGGCCACACGCCCAACGACCCCUCCACCUUUGUCCUAUCUCCCCAUGACGCCUCCGUCUACUGGAAGGUUAGGCAAACGAGUCCGGUUUGCUCAUGCUGGAGAAACGAGCACUACCUUGAACUCGACCCCCAAGCGUCACGCAGGUUCAAAGAACGACGAUUCUCCAUCUGUUUAUUUCGCAGAACCACAAGAGGGCUCCGACAUAGAGCUCAGCGAGAUCAGUGAAGUUGAUACCACUUCCUCUACAGACCUAACCUCACUCGCACCUCCGUCCCUAAAGGCCUCCAUCGCACCCAGCAACAGUAUUCUCGAGAAGCAUGACUCAUCCGCUUCUCUCGCAAUGACCAUCGAUCCCCCUGUCACCACCGAGCCAUUCCCCUUCAUGAGCCUGCCCCUCUCCAUCCGCCAGAAAGUCUACAAACACCUCCUCCUCAUCCCCGCCCUCAUCUGCGUCCGCCAAAAGCACACCGCCUUCCACGACGAGAAGAAAGCCUUCCUAUACGCCGAGCCCCGCGAACUCCUCCCAGGCAUCGCAUACGCCCUCGCCCAGCUCACAGUCAACGGCUACAAAACCCGCUUCUCCCGCUUCCACACCAUCAACAUCAACGUCCUGCGGGUAAGCAAGGAGUUCUACGCCGAGACCAAAGCCAUCAUGUACGGCAAGAACGAAUUUGAGAUCAUGAAGCCCACGAAUGAAAUGUCCCCGCCGCCCGACUACAGCAUCCGCCUCUUCCCACCAGGCUGCCAGCGCCUCGUCUCAAAGCUGAAUAUCCGCAUCCGCUCGUUCUACGACCUGCACUGGCUUCUCAGUGGCGGGUACGCUGAGAUCAAGAACUUCUACCGCGGUCUUGUGUCGCUGAUGCUGGUUCUUGAGAUUGAGUCGGCGGGUAAGGGCUUCGGGAAGGAGUGGGUGAAGAAAGAGGGGGGUCAGGAGCAGUGGGACGUCUACAUCCAGCGUCUACAUGGAGAGCUGGCAAAGCAUCUCUCUGGUGGAGCUCAAGUGAAGGAGGUCAAAGUGGUGCCAUCGUGGAUCAACCUGCGUGUCUUGUUCAGUGGAGAGAGCUACGUGGAGAAGCUGAACGCCCAGCCGGAGAUGGCUGCAAGCGACGAGCAGGCUAAGCGUGCAGAGCUCAAGAAGGCUUUGAUUGAAGCGUGGGAGCUGUUCAAGAAAGACUGUCGCUAG